CUUCAUGCAACCUCAGCCCAUCUGCAAACACUAAAUGUGCUCAGCGCCGUGCGAGCGGCAGGCGCGUUCCAAACCCCACCGGUUUGCACGUUCAAUCGCCGUCGUCAUUGUCAUCAUGGACUUUCGAGGAGAUGGACAUCUCUGGUUGCUGCUCUCUGCCCUCGCCCUGUGUCACUGUGAAGGGCCCUUGCCACGCGGCUAUCUGGUGGCAGCUCCCUCGGUGUUCAGAGCCGGGGUGGAGGAGGCCAUCAGCGUCACUUUUUUUAACCCCGCGGCAGAGACCGCCGUCCAGGCGUGCCUGGCGGUCCACGGGGAGACGGUGGCGCACAGUCGUGGCGAUGUGUUUGAAAAGGGUGUAAUAAAACUGAAAGUGCCGCGCGGAUUGAGGGGUCAAGCUCACUUGAGAGUGUGGGGAAGCCAUAAUUCCACCUCCAAGAGUGAUGCCUUCUCAUUCCAAAACUCCACCACCAUCACCGUGGAGCAGAAAGGUUCCACAGUGCUGAUCCAGACUGACAAACCGGUCUACAAGCCCAAACAGAGAGUUCUUGCCAACUUCAUUAUCAUAAGUCCAGAACUGAGGCCAAUCAAUGAAAAGGUGGAAGCAUACAUUGUGGACCCAAGAGGAUCACGCAUGGUCCAGUGGAGUGACCUACAUCCCAUCUGUUGUGGAAUCAUGAAUGUGAGCUUCCCAAUCUCUGAGCAACCAAUCUUUGGAGAGUGGAUGAUCUUUGUGGAGCUCCAUUCCCACACCUACAACAAGUCCUUUGAAGUGCAAAAAUACGUGCUGCCAAAGUUUGAAGUUGAUAUCAGCACUCCCAGCUUCAUCAGAAACCUAAACGUCUGCGAUAAAGCAAGAGUCCGGGCCAGGUACACAUUUGGGAAGCCAGUGCGAGGGAAAGCCACCGUGAACAUGACCGUGAAUGGAGUCGGCUACUACAGACAGGACCUCGGCAUGCCCGUCCUCAAAACCUUCGAGGUCGAUGGAGCGGCGUCCUUUGACAUCUGCGUCAAGGACCUGAUGCCUCCGAACGUGCCCGAGCAUUUCCGAGGAGCCCUGAGCGUCUGGGCCACGGUGGUGGCCAGCGACGGCAGUAAGCAGAUCACGUUCGAUGACUCUACGCUGGUGCACAAGCAGCUGGUGGACAUAAAGUAUUCGCGUGAGACGCGCAAGCAGUUCAAGCCCGGGCUGCCUUACCAUGGAAAGCUGGAGGUCACAUAUCCGGACGGAAGCCCUGCGGAUGGCGUGACUGUGCGGAUCAAGGCUGAGCUCGCGGCAAAGGACAACAUCUACACCAGUGAGCUGGUGUCCCGAGAUGGCAUCGUGGCGUUCCAAAUCCACUCAAUACCCACCAUGGCCCAAUAUGUCUGGCUGGAGGCGAAGGUGACGGCGAUCGAUGGGAGAGAGGUGGGCGAUCAGUACCUGUCCAACUUCAUGUCCAUCACCGGCUGGUUCUCGCCGAGCAAAUGUCACCUGCAGCUCCAGCCUCCGGCCGCACCGCUCAAGGUGGGCGAGGAAGCAAAGGUUGCGAUCAGGUCCACUUGCCCCUGCAACGUCUCGCUGCACUACGAGGUGGCGGCACGUGGCAACAUCGUCCAGUCCGGCGCGCAGAGCCCUCCGGGGUCCGCCGUGCCGGCCGCCGCUGGCGCCGAUCCCGGGGACCGGGUCCCCCCGCCGCGCCGCCGUCGGGACGCCCUCGUCUUCGACAAGAAUGCCGACGCCACUCACCGGUCACAGGAGCAGGCGGAGUCGGUCGGCAAAUCAGCGGUGGAGGAGCCUGUGAAGGUGUGCGAGAUGUGGCUGCGCAUUCCCGUGACGCACGCCAUGGUCCCGUCCAGUCGGCUGCUCGUCUACCACGUGCGCGCCAACGGGGAGGGAGUGGCCGACAGCGUGCAGAUCCCCGUCAAGCCCAGCUUCGAGAACGAGGUCUCACUGGAGUUAUCGCAGAACGAGACAUCGCCUGGAGACAAAGUGGACAUCGUGGUGCGAGCGGCGAAGGGCUCGUGCGCUUGCGUGGCCGCCGUGGACAAGAGCGUUCACUUGCUCAAGCCUGGAUACCAGCUGUCCACGGAGAAGGUGUUUAAGGAACUGGCGGAGUUCGACGUGAGCGAGUCGUACGGCACAUCGAAGGAAGACAGCCACUUCUGGUGGCCGGGGAUCUCCUCCCGUCGGCGCCGCUCCUCCAUCUUCCCCUGGCACUGGGACAUCACCAAGGACACGCGCUUUGCGUUCACUGAGGCCGGUCUGACGGUCAUGACGGACAUCGUGAGGCUCAACCACCGGCAGAAUGGCGGCAUGUUCACGGAGGAGGCCGGGCCCGCCUUCCAGCCGCACACCGGCGCCUUCUUCUCUGCCACCGCACACGGCCGCGCGGCCUCCAGGGCUGAUAAACGAAAGCGAACGUUUUUCCCCGAGACCUGGAUCUGGCACUGCUUCAACACCAGCGCGGCGACGGGGGAGGCACGGCUGCAGGUGGAGGUGCCGGACUCGAUCACCAGCUGGGUGGCCGAGGCCCUCGCCAUUUCUCCAGCGCAGGGUCUGGGCCUGGCGCCCGCCCGUUCCCUGCGCACAUUUAAGCCCUUCUUCGUGGACUUCACGCUCCCGUACGCGCUCAUCCGCGGCGAGCAGGCCAAGGUGCCGCUCACCGUCCACAACUACAUGCCCCUCUGCGCCGAGGUGCACGUAAAGGUGACCGUCCCCAAGGGUGUCAAGUUUGUGGGCCACCACGGGAAGCAGCAUCUGACCCGCAAGAUGUGCGUGGAGGCCGACGAAACCAAGACAACGUCACUGGUGCUCUCCUUUGCUGAGCUGGGACAGACUAACAUCACAGCGCGAGCGUUUGCGUACGGCGAGGCGAGCUGCUGCGACGAGGGGGCGCAGACGCUCAAGGGCGCCAAGUACGUGGAGGAGGUGGCUCCUGAGCGACGAACGCCCAUGGGCCUCGACUACAUCAUGCGCAGCGUCUUGGUGGAGGCUGAAGGCAUGCCAAGGGAGUACACAUACAGCGUAUUCUUCUGUCCCAACGAGCGCAUCCACAUCUCGACGCCCAACAAGUACGAGUACCAGUACGUGCAGAAGCCGGCACGCAUCACCCACUUCGCGCUGGCCGUGAAGGCGCACAACGACGCGCGGCUGGCGCUGGCGCCGACGCACGCCGACUCGCCCGACAUGCUGGAGCUCGUGCUCGGGGGGCAGCACAACACCCGCAGCUGGAUCGCCGUGGGGCGCUCCGGCCCGGCGCUCGCCUCUGCCGCGACCCCCGACCUCCUCUCCUGGGACGAAUUCCGCACAUUUUGGGUCAGCUGGGCUGACGGCCUGGUGCAGGUUGGCCGUGGGCAGGUGCCAUCACCCGAGACGGUGAUGGUGCGCUGGCAGGCUCCCCGUCCGCUGCGAGUGAACCAUGUGGGUCUCUCGACGGGCUGGGGCUCCCUGGGCGAGUUCAAAAUCUGGCGAAAGGAGGAGUCGGACGGGAACCACAACGAGGCGUUCACACUCGCCGUGCCGCACUCCGUCGUGCCGGGCUCCGAGAGAGCCACCGCCUCGAUGAUUGGUGACGUGAUGGGCCCCACGCUCAACAACCUGGACAACCUCCUCAAGUUGCCCUUUGGCUGCGGAGAGCAGAACAUGAUUCAUUUUGCUCCGAACGUCUUCGUCCUCAAGUACCUGCAGCAGACCAAGCAACUCGUCGCCGACGUUCGGACCGAGGCCACCGACUACCUGCUCCAGGGCUAUCAGCGCCAGCUGACAUACAAGCGGCAAGAUGGUUCUUACAGCGCCUUCGGAGAGCGCGAUUCAUCGGGGAGCAUGUGGCUGACGGCGUUCGUGCUGAAGUCGUUUGCCCAGUCGCGAGCCUUCAUUUACAUCGACCCCAAGGAGCUUGCAGCAGCCAAGGCCUGGAUCAUCAACCAUCAGAAAGAGGAUGGCUCUUUUCCAGCCGUGGGCCGCAUCCUCAACAAAGAUAUCCAGGGCGGCAUCCACGGUAAGAUCUCCCUGACGGCGUACGUGCUCGCAGCUCUCAUGGAGACCGGCACCGACAACGAGGGCGAGAAGACGGCGGUGGCAAGGGCUAAGAUGUUCCUCGAGAGCAACAUGUACUCGGCUGAAGACCCGUACACCACUGCCCUCUCAGCCUACGCCCUCACGUUACUGCACAGCUCCUACGCCCCCGUGGCUCUCCGCCGUCUCAACAACGUGGCCAUCACGCAAGAUGGGUUGAAACACUGGAGUCUGUCAGGCACAACCGUCACAAACGACGACACGUUCAUGGGAUUUAGCGACGGGCUCUCGCAAUCCGUGGUGUCCGCCGAGGUGGAGAUGACCGCGUACGCGCUGCUCACGUACACGGCACUCGGAGACGUGGCCACAGCCCUUCCCAUCGUAAAGUGGCUCUCUCAGCAGAGGAAUGCCCAGGGUGGGUUCUCGUCAACGCAGGACACGUGCGUGGCUCUUCAGUCUCUCUCCGAGUACGCCAUCUUGUCUUACAUCGGUGGUGUAAACCUCACCAUCUCGCUGGCCUCCACAAACCUGGACUUCCAGGAAUCGUUUGAGCUCAACAAAGACAACAAGAAGAUCUUGCAGACUGCAACGAUCCCAAGCAUCCCAACCGGGUUGUUUGUCAGCGCAAAGGGGGAAGGCUGCUGCCUCAUGCAGAUCGACGUGUCGUACAACGUGCCCGAUCCGGCCGCAAAGCCGGCCUUUCAGCUCACGGUGGAGCUCACAGAGCCACGUAGCACCCGAGCCCCCAGCUCCCUCGACCAGAUCCAGGACAACCGCUCAGAGCGGCCACACUCGCGCCGCCACCCGCCACCGCUGCCACUGCCCCACCCUGGCAGCGCCAGCAGUAGCAGCGACAACGACGAUGAUGACCCGGCGGCGCAUCACGACAGCAAGGAGUACAAGGUCACACUGGAGGUGUGCGCCAGAUGGCUUCAAACCGGCUCCUCCAACAUGGCAGUGUUGGAGGUGCCUCUGCUCUCUGGCUUCCGUGCCGAUGUGGAAAGUUUAGAACAGGUAUUACUGGACAAGAAACUGGGUCUCAAACGUUACGAAUUGGACGGCCGCAAAGUGUUGUUCUAUUUUGACGAGAUCCCCAACCAGUGCAUGACGUGUGUCAAGUUCCACGCCGACCGUGAGUACAUCGUGGGCCAAACGGCUCCGGUCCCUGUCAAGAUCUACGACUACUACGAACCCGCGCUGGAGGCCACGCGGUUUUACAACGCGAGCGCGAACAGCCCUCUGGCGCGAGAGCUGUGCGAGGGCAAGAGCUGCAACGAGGUGGAGAGCUCCACCAACCAGUGGAUCGGAUUUUCAAGCGGCAGUUCCUGCAACGUUGCGUACGGCUGCGCGGAGGAAAACCGCUUCUCCGAGCGCUGCACGUGCUACCGCGACUGCGGCUACGACGGCGAGCCGGUGUGCGGCUCCGACGGGGUCCUCUACCCCAACCGCUGCCAGCUGGAGGUGGCCGCCUGCCGCAAUAACACGUGCCUCGAGCAGGUGCCGGUGGGACACUGCUCUGCAUCCCAAGUUUCGAGCCUCGAAGAACCCAGAGAGAUAGAAGGGCUUCAACUACCACCACCCGUGCGCUUUUUGCCACCUCCACCAGAGCCCGUGCCAGGGGAAACAUCGGACAUUUUUUACGAGGGCGCAGAGCGAGACUACGAGGAGGAGACGUUUGUUUCCGACACCGACGGCGAGUCUUUCGACGUGGCGUACGAGGAAGGCCACCGCGUGGAACAGAUCGGCCGCAUAGAGAGCGACGGCGGCCGUGCAGACGUUAACGCAGAAGUGCAGGAGCAGCGCCGCGGCAAAGACGUGCAGCGCGACGACGCGGCGACGGCAGAUCUGACGCGGCAAGGCGACGCAGCGGUCGCGCUCCCAAAACUCCACCGCGCAGCCGACGACGGUCGUGAGAGCGGCGGCGCUGCCGGGCUCGCAGGUGGCGGCGACGGUGGUGACAAUGCACACGUCGGCAAGGCUAAGCAGGGGCAGCACGCUACCGCGCGGCACCUGGAGAUUGAAAAGGUGGAGAGCAGGGUGGAACCGGAGGCUCGACGGGGAACGCACGAGGGGGACGUGCUUCAAGUCAGAGAAGUGGAAGGGGAGCCCGGAGACACUUUGAGAGCAGAGGGGGAGCUAACAGAACCGGCCACGAAAGAGGUCCCGCAAAGAGUGAGCUGGGAACACCUCGAGCAACGGGCAGAAAUUCCCCCCCAGCAACUUUUGGAAGAGGGGGGCGAGCAGGAAAAAGAAGCAGCUGAAACAGAAACGGAGAGCAAAGACAACGCGGACACGAGAGAUGAGAUUUCACGGGUCAGCAACGUGCACAAUGCCCAGCAACCUGGCACAGAAGAUCGGGAGCAGGAAGGACUGGGACAGAGCGUGCCGGAAGAUUUGCUUUCACAGAUAGCGCAGGAGGGCGUGGGCAGACGUUUUGAAGACUCAGAAGCUGUCCUGCUGACCACCAAGGAUUUGGAGUCUGCCUUCGUGCCAAGAGAGGACUAAUAAUUUCUCAUCGUGCCCACCGCGGCACGCAUCACCGGUGAUAGCGGCACAGACGUACUACUUUGGUACAUAAAGUUGGUUCUUUAAAGACUUGCUUUGCUCUAUGAAGUUCGGUGUCGUUUUGUAAAAUAUAACUUUUUAAAAAAUAUAUUGUUUUAAUCGACUGUUUAUAUCUGUACGGCUUCAUAAUACAUUAUAUAUUUGACGAAAAUAUGACAUUAUUUUCUAUUUGCAGAUAAAAUGCAAGUACUGCUUGGUAACAUUUUAAACAGAAAACUUCUUCAGUUAAAGUAUAGAUCUACUGACAUUCCUAUAUUAUUUAUAA